AUGGUUCCGAAGAGCGACUCUGCCACGAUGGUGCCGCACGUGCGGCGGUGGGUGCGCCACCAUUGGCUCCCCUCGCCCGCCGCCGCCACUCCCCCAUGCCAAACGCCCUCGCCGCCCCGACAGCAUCCUAGCAGUACUACGACUACGACUCUCCCUAGUGAUAUCAGCCGCCACGGCGCUGAAGCCACCACGCUAGAGCGGCGACGGGAGGUAACAGGGGGAGCGGAUGAUCGUUGUGAAAAGGCGGCCGCGGGGGGCUCACAGUUAGCCGCACUCCUCGCAUCCCCAACCAGCCUCCCCGUGCCCCUCCCGUUUAGUUCGCGACUCGAUUCUCCACCCGUCGGAGCGGACCAACCACACGGUGCCACGUCAGUUGAGAGCCCCGCUCGUCUGGUAACCACCGCCUUGUCGCUGGCAAUGCCGCUGGCCAUGAGGGGCGGCACGACGUGGCAGGCGGAGGGCAACACGUCAGGACGUUCGGCGGCAAGCGCCAGCAGCGCGGAGUGGAGCCCCCCGCGGGGCGCGCUCUUUGCCGGGGAACUCGGGGGCGGCAAUGCGGAGCGGCCUGCGGGGGGGGCGGAAGGGAGGCGACGGAGCGGCGCGAGCAGCAACGAGAACGGUGAGGCUCGUUCGGACGACAAGCGCCCCUCGGAGCUCUCACCGGCGCACGCCGCCAACGCAGCUGCGCCCGUUGCCUCGUCGCGCCAUGUGCGCUCAUCCCCAUCGCGCGCUCACUCCCCCGCCGCCAACGACGGCGCGCCCACGCCCCCCGCACCUCCGCUGCCCCACGCGCACAGCGCUGGCAGCCCCCGCGAGAGUACUGAUAACGACUCCCGAUGGUGGAAGCACGGAGGGCCGUCGGGCGGAGGAUGGGGCCUUGGACGCAGCCGGAGCAGCAGCGGAGCCAACCAUCCGCGCGCCGGCGUGAAUGGCAGGGGCGGGAAUAGCGCACCGAGCUGUGCCGGGAGCGGUCUCGGUGGCGGUGGCGGGAGCGGAAAGGUGUGGUGGUUGGGGUAUCGGCGGGACAUCGGCGCGGACUACGACAUCGGGGACCUCGUCGCACGCGGGCGCACGGGGGAGGUGCGCCGAGCCACGGCGCGCAAGGGCGCGCGGAAAGGGCGGCGGGGGAGGGCGGAGGAGCGGGAGCCGCCGGUGGUGGUGAAGACCAUUUGCAAGGCGGAGCUCACCACGGACGAGUCGCGCGAGGCGGUGCGGCGCGAGGUGGCGAUUCAGCGCAUGCUGCCGGCGCACGAGCACGUGGCGGCGCUCGUGGGCGCGUACGAGGACCACCGCAACGUCUACCUCGUCGUGCAGGAGUGCGAGGGCGGCGAGCUCAUGGACCUCAUGAUGGCGUCUGGCGUGGGGCAUGCGGGCGAGGCGGCAGCGCGGCACGUGGUGUGGCAGGUGCUGCAGGCGCUGGCGCACUGCCACGCGCACCUGGUGGUGCACCGCGACAUCAAGCCCGAGAAUGUUCUUCUAGCCAAGAGCAGCAGCAGCAGCAGCAGCGGCGGCGACCAUGACCUCCCCCACGUGAAGCUCAUAGACUUCGGCCUGUCGGUGCUGCUGCCGCCCCUGCCCCUCUCCGCCUGCCCUGCGCUCACCCCCUCGUCUGCUGCACGCCUUACUACCGCUCACACCGCCACAGCAGCAGCCGCGAGCAGUCCCAUGCACACGGAACUGCAAGAGCAAGACCAGCAGCACCACCAGCAGCAGCAGCCAUCCCAACCAGUCUCCAGUAUUACCUUUAAACCGCCCGCCCCCGCGCCGUGCCGUGCUGCCAAAACCUCCCUAUCCUCACUGCCCCCUCUCUGCGUGCCACUGCCGCACCUGCACCAGCCGCUGUGCGAGCUGGUGGGGUCGCAGGACUACCUGUCCCCGGACGUGCUGCGCGGCGCCUACGGCACGCCCAGCGACCUCUUCUCCCUCGCCUCGCUCGCCUACCUGCUGCUGUGCGGCCGCCUGCCCUUCUCCCCGUCGCCGCGCUGCCUGCGCGCCACCAUGCACGCCGUUGCCACGCAGCCAGCCGGGUUCACGGAGAGCGCGUGGGGGGGGGCAGGGGAGGCGGGGAUGGGCGUGGGGAGAGGGGCGAGUGUGUCGGUGGAGGGGCGGCACGCGGUGCAGCGGCUCAUGGCCAAGGACGCUGCCCUCCGCCCCACCGCUGCCAUGAUGCUCUGCCAUCCCUGGUUCCAUGAACUCCACAGCCGUCCCGCACUGCACGCCCCCACGCCUCCUGCCACUGCGACUGCCAGGAUGCCUGCAAGUCCUGCCACGCCCCUAGACCCCUGCGUGCCGCUGUGCCUGCUGCACGUGCUGGCACUGCCUGCCACGCACAAGCACCACCUCCAGUGCGAGGCCGUGCAGCUGUGCAAGGACCAUGCAUGGGUGCGCCUGUAUGCGCACGUGCAGUGCCGGCACCUGCUGGGCGUGUGGCCGGGGGACAGCAUGCAAGUGGAGCAGGGGGGUGAGAGCGUGAGCGUGUCGAUAUCGCACGUGCACAAGGUGCUCUCCCUCUCUGCGUGCAAGUCCCUCGCGGACUCCUUCCUCAAGCAGGUGUCACGACUGGGACUGAAACGAGCACGAGCAACGCAGUUAGAUGUGUUGAUGGCAGCAACUUUGGUUAUGUUACCCUGCGCGCCGGGAUCGGCGGAACCGGGCGGGGCGCGGGGCGGCGAGUGGGACGGCCGCGGGCGGGAGGUUGCGCAGCGGGGGGAGCCGCAGCGUGGGGGCCCCGCGGAAGCAGAGCGCGAGGCGACGUUCGAGGAGCGCGUGGCGCGCAGCAUCCUGGUGGACGAGCUGUGCCCCGCCGUGACGCCCGCGGCGCUGCAGAGCGCGCUGGGGCAGUUCGGGUCCGUGCGCAGCGUGCAGAUGGUGCCCAACCUGCUGCACCCCCGCCGCUCGUCCGGCUGCGCCGUCGUGGAGCUCGACUCGCGCCACCUCGCGCUCAAGAUGAUCGCGGACAUAAGCGAGUCGAUCCUGAUCGUCGGCGCGGGCCCCCGCCCCGUGCGCGCGGUCAAGGCGCGCGCAGACAUGUUCGACGGCGCGUUCGUCUUCCCCUCCGCGCUGCACGCCGCCGCGCUCCCGCAAUCCGCGCCCGCCGUCACUUCCGCCGCCGGCGCGCACAGCUCCCCUCUUUCCGCCGCGUCCGCCCUCCCGGGGUUCCGCGUCACGGACGCUGCGGGAGAGGGCGCGGCGGGAGGGGCAGCGGGCGGGGGAAGCGGCGAGGGGGGUGGCGCGGGGCAGGGGAGGUGGCGGUGGCGGCUGACUGUGAUGGAGGAGAGGCAGCGGGGGGGUGGCGGAGCUGGGGGGGGAGAGGGCGCGGUGAAGAAAGCAGGCGGAGGGGGAGGCGGAGGGGAGAGGGGAGUGGGGGCGGUGGAGUGGCAGAGGGCGCGGAGGUGGAAGGAGGUGGCGGGCAGGCAGGCAGAGGAGAUGAAGAUGCUGUUCGAGCACGUGGAGGCGGAGAAGCAGCAGGUGGGGGAGAGGCAGCGCGCACGCGUAGAGGAGGACCUGCGGCGCCUCACACUCAUUGACCACGCCAUGGCGCCCAAUGGGGGCAUUGCUCAGCUGCGGCACUUCUAUGGCAUGCCGCACAUGGACUGGAACACCAUCGGAUUUCCUAGGCCCGAUACUCGAUCACCCCUCAGCUCCCCCGCCCUGCCGCCAUGUCGUCGUCCGCGGCGCCCGACGACGAUCUCGUCUCCAAUUUCUGCGCCAUCACGGGCGCCGCGCCCGACCAGGCGCGCUUCUUCCUCGACAGCAGUGCCGGCGCGCUCGACGCCGCCAUCUCCGCCUUCUACGACCACGGCGGGGACGUUAGCCGCCGCCGCCGCCGCCGCCGCUGGCGGGGCCUCCGGGGACGACGAAGACGACACCGGCAGCCGAGGCGUCGCAGCGGCCGUCGCCGCCGCGCCGCCGCGCGAUCCGCGUGCUGCGGCGGCGGCGGCGGCAGCGGCGCGUGCGGGCGGGGCGGCUGUAGGUGGCGCCACGAACCCAGCGAUGACGUCACAGGCGAUGUUUUCCGCGGGAGGCGCGGAGGAGGGCGGGGAGGAGGUGCAGCAGCGGCAGCCGCGGGUCACUGCGCCCAUCGGGGGACCGUCCGGGGCGGCGGGGGGAACUGGCGGAAUCGGAAGAUUUGUGGGGGAAGUGGGGAAGGGGAAGGGGAGUAAGAGAACGGGGCGCGGCGGGGGAGGGGGAGGGGGAGGGGGAGGCGGGCGGAUUCGGACGCUGGGGGAUAUUGGGAGGCGGAGGGACGAGGAUGAGGAGGAGGACGAUGAGGAUUAUGAGGAUGAUGAUGAUGACGACCGGGAGGAGUAUUAUGCCGGGGGGGAGAAGAGCGGAAUAGCGGUGCAGGACCCCAACAAGCGCAGGGGACCGGGCGGGUUGGCGGCGCGGGGGGGCGGGGGCGGGGGUGCGCUGGACGUGGACGACAUCUUCGCGCGCGCGCAGCAGCAGGGCGCGCGCCAGGGCACCUCCGCGGACCUCGACGCGGGCGCAGGCGCAGGCGGGGGCGCGCGGAGAGGCGCGGGCGCGUUCAGCGGAGUGGGGAGGACGCUGGGGGGCUCAAGCGGGGAGGGGGCAGGGGGAGGCGCGGGCGCGGAAGCUGCGACAGGGCAGUCGCAGGGGGGGUUGGCGGGGGAGGGGGGUGGGGAGGGGGGCCGGCGGGUGGUGCGGCACACGGUGACGUUCUACCUGAACGGGUUCACGGUGGACGACGGGCCGCUGCGCCAGCUGCACGACCCCGCUAACGCUGCCUUCCUCAAGAGCAUCCUGGAGCGCGGCGAGUGUCCGCGCGAGCUGCAGAGCGCGGACCCCAACGAGGACGUCGAGCUCAACCUGCUGCGCAACAACUCCGAAUGGACGCCCCCCCCAGAGCCCAAGUACGUGGCGUUCUCAGGCCAGGGCCGCACGCUGGGGGAUGGCGCUGCCUCUGAUUCACAGCCGCCGCCACAACCCCCUGCUGCUGCUGCACCUGCUGCCACUGGCCCCACCAACCCACAGGCCCCUGCUGGAGGGUUGCAGGUGGAUGAGGCGCAGCCGGUGACGUCGAUCCAGGUGCGGCUGGCGGACGGCACGCGGCUGGUGGCGCGCUUCAACCACUCGCACACCGUCGCGCACAUCCGCGCCUUCAUCGACGCCGCGCGCCCCGCCGGCACUGCCACGCGCCGCUACUCGCUGCAGACCAUGGGGUUCCCGCCCAAGCGCCUGGAGGAUGAGAGCGAGACCAUUGCCGCCGCUGGGCUCGUCAACUCCGUCAUCGUGCAGCGGUGA